UGUCAUGUAUUUAAUAAUUCGCGGUUGUUGUUGCCGGUGCGGUAUGAAUUCGUAAAAUCAGUUUAGGCCGUGUGGGUAUAACAAAUUGUCGAUACAAUAGUAAAUAAGCGUGUCAACAGACUUUGCCGAGAGUCGCUCAGGCGGCUUGCAGCCAGGUAAAAGUGUUUUUAACAAGCAGACACUCAUAUCCCACGUAUGAAAACGAAAUGCACGCCGGGGUUUUCAAGCCCAGAAUAUCGGAAGAGGCCUUUCAGAUCCUCCUCGAUGUUAUGGAGAGUAAUUUUGCAGCGCUAAGACUGCCUGCCGACACAAAUCAAAGCUGCACCAAGAACUCGCCAAAGCGCCGAAAACUUCCGGCCCUGACGCAGCGUUCCUGCGGCCAGAAUUGCGUCCUUACAGCUUAUUGCUACGCACCGAUAAUCGAUCAGAGUUUUCUCAGGUUAGCCCGCCUCGCGACCAGCGGAAGCCGAGAAGAAUUCGGCGCCGUGUUCCAGGUGAUCCUGCCGCUUCCUCGGACCGUAAAAAGCAUCGCCGGUCGGGCUACGAUGAGGAUUACUAAACCGCUGGACGACAGUCAGGAGCCGAUGGAAAUCGAGGAGAUCAGCUACACGGAGCCGUCGAUUCCCGUCGUCCUCCUCCAUCCGUCCGCUAUUAAAACCGAAAAGGUCGACGAGGAGGAGACGGAGCUUUCCGACGUUCGGCCAAAGGUCGUCCUCAGGGAAUCGAAGCUGUCCAACAUCCGGGAGGGUCCGUCAAUCAGACGCGACACAGCGGAAGUCGAGGAAGCCGAGGAAACCGAGGAGGAGGGGCUAACUAGAUCGGACGCUUAUCAACGGACGAAAUCUAGGCUGCGGCCUCUAGUGCGUUCCAAGGAAGUCGCCGCGGCGGAAACGGACGAGAGGAAAACCAGGUUCUACUACUUCUGGCAGACGAUGUUCCUCGUCCUCUUUCCCAUCGCCGUAAUCGUUGCCGGAGUAACGAUAUCGCGGGAUGAGUCCUACCCCCUUGACUGUGGCCAGCGUUUCGACCCCUCCGAGGCGAUAAGGAAGUUGGAAACUCGAGUCUUCGGCCAGGAGAAGGUUCUCCAGGAGCUCAGGGUCCAGCUGGCGGCCCUCGAAUCCAGUCGGGUCAAGGUCGUCGCUCUGAUCGGAGGGACGGGGGUGGGAAAAUCGUACGCGGCUCAUAUUAUCAAAGAGAAUUUUCCCGCCCGGAGAAACGUCUUCCAGUACGUUCCCCCCCUAGAGCCGAUGGAGAGGUACGCUUGGGGGCUACUCUCAGACUGCGGAUGCAAUUUGGUCGUGAUCGAGAACCUGAGCAACAGGGACAUCGCUGAUGCGGCUGAUUUCGCGGGGCGAUUGGCCUCGAGGGUCGCGGGGGAGAAUUACUGCCUGCUGAUUAUCGAGGUGAUAAACGUUCACGAAAGCCACGACGACUUGAAGCACACCGUUGAUCUCGCGAGGAGUACUAAAGAGAUUCAGGAUUUGUACAAGAGUAAAAAUUUCAAUGUCAAUGUCGUCGCAUUUGAACCGCUCAGUAGCGACGUCGUCGACAGGUGCAUCGCCGAGGCCGCCAAAGAGCGGAAUCUCACGCUUUCCGAUACCGAAAUUCGCCACAUUAGGUUCGGUCUAGAAAUUGCUGGCAGCGGGUGCAAGGGAGCUUACGCGAAGGUUCAAUUAUUUGACAAAAAAAUCGAUGUCUAGAUUUCAUCUUUCCUUCUUUUUUUUUUUUUUUUUUUUUUAUAAAUUUAUCACGCCGUAUGGAUCGUCUAGUUUUCUAGUACACGGGAUUUCAGUUUGACAAUUUUUAUGGCUAGACGUCUCAAUCUUUUUUUCCUUUCAUACGGUCGAAAUUAGUCAGGGUCUUUGACUUAUCGACUCGAGAUUGAAAUUUUAAGGAGCGAUUACUGAAUCGAAAUUCACUACCGUUUCGGUGAUUUGAUUGUGAGGUAGUCGGACAUUGAUAAUUUGUCAAAUUUACUUAAUUGUGAGAUGUACCGAUUUUCCUGAAAAUUCAAGGUAAAAGAAUACUGAAGUUGUGACUCCCGAGCUUUGACGUCGAUUCUCCAUUUCAAAUCGCUUUGAUAUGGGAGAAAGUUUAGC